AUGGGACAUCAUGGAAAUGGUGGAGCACCAAGUGUAGCCAAGUCACAUAAGAUUGGUGAUAUGAAUCUACAUACAGUGAAACAGAUUGCCGAAGGUGGAUUCAGUUAUGUCUACUUGGUAAAGGAUAAUCAAUCAUCAAAGCAAUAUGCACUCAAACGUAUCUUAGUACGUGAUGAAGAAGAUCUUGAAUUCACAAUGCACGAGAUACACAUCAUGGAGCGACUACGCAAUCACAAGAACAUAGUCCGCUACAUCGAUCACCAACACUCAUCCUCCACCAACGAAGUGUUCAUACUCAUGGAGUUCUGUGCGGGCGGACACUUGGUCGACUUGAUGACAAAGAGACAACAGAACAAGUUUAGUGAGAAUGAGGUGUUGGCUAUAUUCUCGGAUGUUUGUGAGGCGGUUGCUCAUAUGCAUUCACAAUCCCCGCCGAUUAUACAUAGGGAUCUGAAGGUGGAGAAUGUGUUGUUGGAUGAAGAGUCAUCGACUUACAAGUUGUGCGACUUUGGUAGUGCGAUUCAAGAGGUAGUACAUUUGAAUAAUAAGUCAGACAUGCAAGCUGCCGAAGACAACAUUGCAAAGUAUACAACAAUGCAGUAUAGACCACCAGAGAUGAUUGAUCUAUAUAGAUCAAAGGUACUGGAUGAGAAGGUGGACAUAUGGGCACUGGGCUGCCUGCUCUACAAGCUGUUGUUCUACACGACCCCUUUCGAAGAUGGUGGCUCACUUGGCAUACUCAAUGGAAACUACACUAUACCGCCUUCGAACUACUCUGAUGAACUGAUCGCUCUGAUACGAUAUAUGUUGCAUCCUGAUGUUCAAGAUCGACCAGAUAUCUAUUACAUUGCUAAUCAGGUAUCCAAGAUGCGUGGAAAGCCAGCCCUGUUCCCUGGCAAGGGUCAGCAGUACAUUAGCAAUCCAUUCUCAUCACAAUCUACUAAGGAUCGUGAUAUGUUAGUGACCCCAAUCAUACAUGAACCAGCUCCAACUCAAUCUCAGCUAAUGGAUGCCGAUCAGAAUGGGUCUUCGAUGGCAAAACCCAAGAGACACUCCUGGAACAUGGGACAACAACAGACCACCUUCCAACAACAACAGCAACAGCAACAACAGCAGACAAGACCAACUAGAUCAAGAGAACAUCGAUUCCCAUCGGGCACUCAUCCAUCACCAAACAUCAUUCAGGAUUUCAAGAUGGAGAUGCCGCCCGCUAUCAGCAUCGAGUCACAUAGUACUACCGAUGAUAUUACACAUCUAGUUAUAUUGCUGACCAACACCGAGUCUACAUUCGACAUGGACUCAUUCUCAAAGUUGAGUAAGAGUAACAACAGUAAUAAUGGCAAGUUGAUCAUGGCCGACAUUAUGAAGAGACCACUUCGCGAGCCUACCAUUUGUUUCAAGGCCCUAUUACUAGUUCACAAGUUAAUCAUCUCCGAGUCAUCUUCUGCAUCCUCAUUCAAGUCCAGUUGCUAUGAGAGCAAAGACCUGUUCAACAACCUCUAUCUUGGAUGGCUGAAACAGAGGGAGAAGUUGCUCUUUGUAAGCGACUUCCUAUCACAUUAUUCAUUGUUGAUGUACAAGCUGAUACAGUUCUAUCACAAGUACUCAAUGAUUGGAGGUGCCUUUGACUCAAUGGACUCGACCCAGCAACAACAAAGAUGGCCAAUAAUCCUGGAUCAAUCAGACUCAACAAGUCCAUAUAGUGUAGCCUGUAUAACUUCCUUGAUGUCAAUAUUGGAGAUUGUAUUGCAGACUCAACAUACCAUCUCUGAUGAGAUAGCAUCCAAUCAUACAGUAUCCACUAUUCCAUUGCCACUCAUCCAGUUCUGCACCAACCUUCUCAAUCAUGUAUCAUACUCCAUGUAUAACUACAUCUGCAGCACAUUAUCCACAAUGCUCAAAUAUCAACAGCAGACCAAGAAUGAUGUUGCACUGACACCAUCAAUCACCCGUAUCAACAUGAUCUUCCACAACCUGAGAGAACAAUACACCAAGCUUGUAUCGUUGGCUCCAUUCUCCAAGAUGUCCUUCCCCACUUUGGCGUUACCGCCCAACCCUCUGUCCACUCCACACAAUGCUCCCACCAUGCCCAUUGGCGUGCGACCUUCUUCGAACCCAUUCGACAAGCCAGUCGUCAUGGAGACACCAUAUGGAGGCGGACCAUCAGUCUCGCAGCCACACUCACCUGUUCAGGCUAGGAAGGGCAACCUGGCCAAGUACCAUUCAGUGUCGAUGGAGGAUGCUCGUCUGAGCAACACUGCGCCAUCAUCCCCAUCCUACACCACAAUGUCACCUAUGGCCAUGAUUGAACAACUUUCCAUCCAGCAACAACAGCAGCAGGGUCAUCUUCAGGUGCCAUCAUUGCAGCCUGCGCAGCAGCACAAGCCCAGACGACUGAACCCAUUUGAUCCGCCUGGCGGAAAGCCAGCUCCUCAGCUGCAUCCAAGUCCGUCGUUCAAGCCUACCAACAGCGGCAGCAGCAGCAUCAACACAAGUAGCAACAUGACUCUUGUACCGCCACCCGCGCGUUUGAGUUCAAAUGCACGUGGACAUCGUCGCUCACAGAGUUGCUCCACAGAUGAGAUGCGCAAGCGUCAACUGAUGCACCAGCAGCAGUUGGAGGAGGGCAAAGAGUUCCGUAACCAGGUCAAGUACAACACAUUGACUCGAGCCAUCAGUCAGUCAGAGUGUGCACAGGCCGAUCUCCUAAUGAUGGCUGCGCCUCCAACCUCCAUCGACACGUUCGGUAAUGAUCCAUUGGCCGAGACAACAUCAAUAGUAUCAGGCAACAAUAAGCAAUCAUUGCUGUAG